AUGUCCCUCGACCCAUCCACCUUCGGAACUAUAGUGUCCUCCCGCUUCAUCACCUUCACAUUCCCAAACCCAACUCUUCCCAACCCCCACCUCCACAAUGCCCUACUCCGCAUCGCCGUACACGACUCUCCGACCACGUCAAACCCCUCCCAAAUCGCCGCCAUGCUCGUACCUCCCCACCGCGAGUCUGACUGGACCUUUUCCACUCAACCCGGCCACCUCCAACUCCUUCUCUCCUCCUCCACCCAGCUCUCCCGCCUCAUCCUCAUCGGAAACCUUCCAAAUUCUCCUCACCCUACUAUUUAUAAUCCAGACCCACCGAUACUUAUCGACCCGGUAAGUCGGGCAAAGCUUGAAGAAAAUUUAACCCCCCUAGUGUUUGCUGUACUGCCCAAAUCGGCAUUUCCAGAAAAGGGUCUGCCCGAGGUACCCUUUUUGAUUUACGAAGAUGAUGUGAUUCGUAGUGUAGUUGUAGAGAGGUGUUGUGGGCCUUGUGUUGGUGAAUUAUUGGUUGAAGAUGUUGAAUUGGAAAGUAAUGGCACUGGUGAGUCUAAGUGUAGUAGAGAGUUUCGAAGGAGAUUAAGGUUCAAAAGAACGCCCAAUUUGAUUCAAACCCAGGUAAGAAUUUACCCGUAUUCGAUUGAAAAUGGGAAUGUGGGAUUUGGUUUUGUGGAUUUAGUGGGUGCAGGGUUUAUGAUAGAUAAAGGGAUUCUGGUUCAUCCUUAUUUUAUUCCAAUGGUUGCAGGUUUAUCUGUGAUCAGUUCGUAUAUUGAUGAAAAAAUUCGAUAUAGGAUUAAACCGAAAGCGUUGUGUUUAGGUGUUGGCGGUGGGGCUUUGCCUAGUUUUUUGAAUUCUCAAUUGGGGUUUGAGGUUUUGGCUGUGGAGGCGGACGAUGUUGUUUUGAGGCUUGCCAGGCAGUAUUUUGGCUUGCAAGAUGGUGAAUGUUUAAGUGUGUGUGUUGGAGAUGCAAUAGAAUUGAUAGAGAAACUUGCUUGUCAAGUGAAAAAUCAAAAUGCUGAUGCUUUUAGUACUUGUAAAGUAGAGAAUGUUGGUUGUUUGGAUACUGUUGAUGUGUUUGAUGCUAAGUUUGAUGUGAUAAUGGUUGAUCUGGAUUCUUGUGAUGCUACAAUGGGCAUUAGUGCUCCCCCAUUGGAGUUUGUCAGGAAGUCAACUCUUAUGGAAGCUAGAUUGGUUCUUCAUGAGCUUGGUAUACUUGUGGUUAAUGUGAUUCCUCCUAGUAAGUCGUUCCACGAGACAUUGAUACAUGAGUUUCAGGAGGUUUUCCAUGAGUUGUAUGAAAUAGAUGUUGGAAACGGGGAGAAUAUUGUUCUUAUUGCUGCCGCAUCACCAAUUGCGAGUGAAUCUAGUGUCUGUGAGACUUCUUUUUUCGCGAAGUUGAAAUUGGUUAUCUCGGGAGCAUAUGUGGAUUCCAUAAGAAAAAUCUAAAGAUUUGGCACUUACUGAUUUCACAUUGAAAUCCCUCCAAAUCGUUAGAGGACGUGUUCUUCAAUUUGGUUAAACGCCAAUCUGGAGGGAAAAGGACACAUGUUUGAUAUGUUUGCUAUGACCUUUGAGGUUUGCAGUCUCAAGUCACCAGUCUGCUGAGGCGAUAGAUAUGUUCUUCUUGGUCUUGGCCAAACUGACCUACCUUGUGAAUGUUAGUGGUUUUCAUGUACACAAGUGCAGAAUGGAGAAAUAAUUGUUUUUCCUUUCGGUAUGCCUCCUCCAGCUAUUCACCAGGGAAUGUAACCACAUGUUCUCCAUAAUGGUAUGAGCCUAGGUGGGCUUUACUAGAAAGUAUCUCCAACAUUUGUGGGAUUUGUUGUGGCCUUGGACAAAGAAUGGCUCCACAGGUGAUGAGAGUUGUAUACUAUUAUGACCAUGGUUUUGAACCACCGAGGCAAAAUCCUCCUGGCUAAGGGACAACACACCUGACUUCCCAUUUGCGGAUCUACUUUUCAAAAAUGAAUCUUUAUUUCCACAUCUAGAACUUGAAUUGUUUGAUAAGAGUUUUCCAUGAAUAUUGAAUAGCCAACUAGUGCAGCCGAGCACAAUCAUAUCCUGCCUUGAUAUUGGAGUUGUAUAUAUGCUUAAAUCAUAAAUCCUAAAGUUACUACCAUCUCAAUUCGAGGCUCACUUGAUUAGUGAUUUGGGUGGGAGGAUAUUGAAGUUAUUACUUUAGCCGAUCCAAAUGAUUGGAACUUAAGUCUUAAUUUAGUUUGAUUUGGUAAAUUGAAAUUAUUACUUCGAUUCUUGUUAGCACUUUUUUUUUUAUUUUGUUUUAAGGGAC